AUGGGCGUUUCUUUAACUAAUAAUUUCAUGUCGCUCACAAUGAGCCGACUAGUCCAUGAUGCUCUUCUUGCUCGAUUUAUUAUUCGCCCAGUGCCACGCUCUGUAUCACAAACUAUCGCCAUAUACUCUUACUUUGCCAACUUGACUUCCCAAGAAAACCUCAUCCAAUACCGCCAUGCUCGCGACAUCAACUCUGGAAGCAGAUUGAAUCACUUUCGGUUGCUAAUCAAUGAUCCCCUACCACCAGUUGAUCCUGAAACUUGGUCUUUUUUAUUAAAUGAACCUGUUUCAACUCCAGAAGAAAAUUCACAGGUUUUAACUAAUGUUUCUCUUGACAACUCGCUGCUAAACGAUAAAUCUUUGGCAUCUAUGAAGCAACCCGCCUUUAGCAACUCUAAUCCAAGUACUACUGAUGUGAUAAAUUAUAAAAACAGUGACCAUUCAGAAAGGAUAGGCAUUUGGAGAAAACACCGAUUGGCUGUCAAGCAGGUAAGCUUCCCGGCCCGUUUGGAUUUGCUUGCUGCUAAACUACGCUCGUUGAUUGACAACAACGAGCAACUACACAAAGAUAUUACGCUCGAUACCAUAAAGUCUAUUUGGGCCGAAAUACCUGCAUAUUCACCUCUUUCACCUAGUGAGCUUAAAGCUUACCAAGAAUCUUAUGCCUCUUCCAAAACUGAAAACAAGGAUUCUUCUUCAGAUGAAAACAUAAAACCAAUCAUCCAUCUGACUGCCCAAAAUGAUGGAACUCUUCUUCCAAAAUCUGUGGAAAGUGAUAUCAUUGGCACAACACAAAUUGUACUUGACAAUGAAACAAACACUGUUGUUCCCUUAGAAGAAGUUCUUUUCGAUCGUUUUACCGCUAAUAAUGGUAAACUCAUUCAAGAUUACAACUCAACUAAUACACACCAUCAAUUCUACGAUGCACAAAAGUAUACUCAUUUCAACCUGACACUAUCGAUGUUGACGCGUGAACCAAAAGCUAUCACCUAUGCUUCCAACAUGUCGUUGCUUAACAAGAUUACACGCAAAAAGAAGCGUGCUCGCACGUCUGGUAAACUUAUUGGAGAAGCCAGUUUGGUUAGUCUCCGAGAUGAUGCCCUUGCUGGAUUUACUGGCACUCUUGGUUUUGAAAUAUAA